AUGUCUCUUCGGCCGUACUUUGAAGCUGCCUUCCGAGAGGUUCGUUUGUCUACCGAAACUGCACUCAAUCCAUUACAGAAGCUAGAUUGUCACUUGAAAAAAGGUCAAGACAACCUCAUCCUAGUUUACGGUGGCUCUUUCAACCCCCCGCACCGCGGGCAUCUGGACGUCCUACUGUCGGCAUUGCACCCUUUGGUCAACGCCGUGGCUGUGGUGGUUCUCCCCAGCGAGGAUUUCCACCUACGGCACAAAUUGGCAAAUAGCCACCCAGAGUUCUUCAUGAGUCGGAAAACGAGGGCUGCACUUUGGGCCGAGAUGCCCCAAGUCCCUAAAGAUAAUGUCUGGAUAUGGUCGGAGACAUGGUAUCCAUUUCUCACAUUCAUGGAGGCGGCACACCGGCUUUGCGAAACAGAUGGCUACAAGAUUGUGUUUUCGCACCUCAUCGGGCCGGACAAUCUCAACAGAGCCGAUGCUCUUAACAAUUUGCCAUACAGGUUACCGCGAAUACUUGUUACCAAUAAAGCACGGCAUGAACCCUCCCAGUUCUUGCCCAGCGGACAGCCGACUACAUGGAAGGGCUUUGGAGAAUGGAUUCCACAAAAAAUGACAUUUGAUGGCAAAAAUGGGCAACCUGAAGAAGAAGCUGAGGAGGCUAACCUAUGGACUUGUCGAGGUAUCGAUAGCCUCGGCCAGCAGACAAUGGGUUACUAUCUGGAUAUCGCAAAGAAACCCACUGGGUCUGAUAUCAACUCGACCUCCAUGAGGCGUGACCUCCUUGAGAGACAUUCAUUGAACGAAGACAUUCUCAGCCAACUCAGCACCACUGACAUUCUAAGCAUCCUAGAGCCAAUAUUACGUAAGGAUUAG